GACCGACCGACCGACCGACCGACCGACCGACCGACCGACCGACCGACCGACCGACCGACCGACCGACCGACCGACCGACCUGGGCGCUCCGAGCGCUGCCUUCCCCUCGUCCCGCCUCUCCGGGUGCCCCUUGCCCGCUGGGCGCAGCGCGAUGUCGCUGAGCCAGCCGCAGUCGGGCCGAGGUGUGCCUUGCUUACGCUGCAGAGGGACGUGCGCGGGCUUCGAGCCACAUUCUUGGAGGAAAAUCUGCAAGUCGUGCAAAUGCAGCCAGGAGGAUCACAGCCUGAGCUCGGACGUGGAGGACGACCGGAAAAUCGGGCGCCUGCUGUCGGACUCCAAGUACGCCACGCUCACCGCCCGGGUGAAGGGAGGUGACGGCGUUCGCAUUUACAAAAGGAACCGCAUGAUCAUCACCAACCCCAUCGUCUCUCGGAAAGACCCCACCUUCGACACCAUCACGUACGAGUGGGCUCCCCCGGGACUCACCCAGAAGCUGGCCAUGCAGUACAUGGAGCUGAUCCCCAAGGAGAUGCAGCCGGUGGCGGGGACGGACGGGGCCUGCUAUCGCCGGCGGCAGCUGAUGAGACAACUCCCGCUGUACGACCAGGACCCGUCGCAGUGCCGCGGCCUCGCCGAGGGCGAGCUGAAGCUGAUGGAAGACUUCGUGAAGAAGUACAAAGCCGAGGCGCUGGGCGUCGGGGAGGUGGCACUGCCGGGCCAGGGCGGCGGCGGGAAGGAGGAGGGGAAGCCGCAGGGCGAGGGCAUCGUUGCCGGCAAACCCCCCGAGACCACCAACGGGGCCCUGGAGAGCGCGCCCGCGGCAGGGCACUACCGCUGCGAGACCUGCAAGCAGGCGGUGCCGGGGGACUGCCCGGUGGUGUACGCCGACCGGGCCGGCUACUCCCGCCAGUGGCACCCGGCCUGCUUCGUCUGCUGCCGCUGCUCCGAGCCCCUCGUCGACCUCAUCUACUUCUGGAAGAGCGGGGCUGCCUGGUGCGGGCGGCACUACUGCGAGAGCCUCCGCCCGCGCUGCGCCGGCUGCGACGAGAUCAUCUUCUCGGAGGACUACCAGCAGGCAGGAGGGAUGGCCUGGCACAAGAAGCACUUUGCCUGCCUGGAGUGCGAGACGCUGCUGACCGGCAAGCCCUUCGCUCUGGACAACGCCAGCCUCAAGUGCACGACCUGCAGCAAAAGCAAACGCCUCUGAGCCGAGCGCCCCGAGGUCCCGCCAGAACUGCGGUCAUUCGACAAGCACAGGAGAAGGGGAAGGUUAAAACAAAAUUAGAGCCUGGCUGUUCACCUGCAAGCAACUCAGUGCCCCCCUUGCAUCCAGUACAGCUUGCAGGAGAGCGUUGCCUUGAGGAGGAAGCAAAGGAGGCUCGUGUGCUUGCGGGUGGGAGGUGCGCGGUCUGUCUGGCGUGGAGGGACUGAGAAGGAGGUUCUGUUUGUGCUGGGUUUUUAUUAAGCGUCUCCAAGCUGCUUCUGACUAAGAUCUUGCAAUAGUCUUUUGGAAAUAACACAUCUCAAAAGUAACUUUCGGCAUACUAAACCUACGGUCAUGGUCAAAACCAAGAGCUGUUCCUAUUUUUCGCGCUCUGUACUGGAAGUUUACACUAAGAGGCUCCUGACAACUGUACUGAAUCAAUGGGUUUGAAGAAUUUGAUGAA